AUACACAUAAAUCCGUGCAUCUUCAAAAGGAUCCGACCCGAAUCCACCUGAGCUGAAUAAACAAAACAAAAAAAAAAAACCGUUACAAAAGCUUCCGGGAAAGUGGAUCCGCCGUAGCUGGAGGAUCCGUUCGUUAGCAAAAUCAUGCCAUCUUCUCCUAAGCUGUUUAACGCGCGGCCAUCACUCUUCACGCGCCGAUCGACGCCUUUGAUCGUCUUCACCUCUCUUGCUAUCGGUCUAACCGGUUUCCUUUUCGGAUUAUCCACGAUUCUUUUCCCGGGUCUCCGGUUAUCCGGCCGGACUUGCCUCACCAACUUGCCUCCGAAGACGGUUAAAAUCGCCUGGGACGUAGUUGGAAAUAGUAUCGUUAAUGGCGAAGUCAAAAGGCACAAGGUUAUGGGAUUCGUCGGAAUCCAGACCGGAUUCAGAUCUGCUGGCCGGAGACGAGCUCUCAGGAACACAUGGAUGCCGUCCGAUCCCGAAGGCCUUCGACGAUUGGAGGAAUCAACAGGAUUGGCCAUUAGAUUUAUUAUAGGCAAAACCAAAGAUGAGGCCAAAAUGGCUGAGCUUAGAAGGGAAAUCGCAGAGUACGAUGACUUUAUACUGCUAGAUCUCGAGGAGGAGUAUAGUAAGCUCCCCUACAAAACUUUGGCUUUCUUCAAAGCUGCAUACGCCUUAUAUGAUUCAGAAUUCUAUGUCAAAGCUGAUGAUGAUAUAUACUUGAGGCCAGAUCGGUUGUCUUUGCUGUUGGCUAAAGAGCGAAGUCACUCGCAGACAUACCUCGGAUGCCUGAAAAAAGGUCCGGUUUUCACAGAUCCAAAGCUCAAAUGGUAUGAACCUUUGGCAGAUCUGCUCGGGAAAGAGUACUUUCUUCAUGCUUAUGGCCCCAUAUAUGCUCUUUCUGCUGAUGUUGUCACUAGUUUGGUUGCCCUCAAGAACAACAGUUUCAGGAUGUUUAGCAAUGAGGACGUGACUAUAGGUGCGUGGAUGCUGGCAAUGAACGUUAACCACGAGAACCUUCACACCCUUUGUGAACCAGAGUGCUCACCAUACUCCAUUGCUGUUUGGGAUAUACCGAAAUGCUCAGGGCUCUGUAACCCAGAGAAAAGGAUGUUGGAACUUCACAACCUAGAGAGCUGCUCAAAAACCCCGACUUUGCCAUCGGAUGAGGAAUGAUAUACCCUCUAAUAUAUAAUUCUUUAAUGAUCGAAGACCCCAGGCGUAACAAUAUGCAGAUCUCUUUCUCUGACAUGUCCGCCAUUGGAGUAGCUCGACACAGAUUGUUCAAGCCUGUUUUACUUACUCUGCUCUGUUUUUUUCGGUGGAAAUGCGAGAAAAGCAACGAGAAUUGAUCUCGCUUAAACGGCUUUAGGGAUUUUUUAAACUAGGGUUAGAUAUUUUGGUGUAUCACAAGUUUUGGGCACUACCUUGUUGUACAAGUAUAAGAUUAAACUAAUCUAAUAAUAAUAACAAUCUCAAUGUUUUUUGCACUUGUGAA